AAAGACCAAAAGCCAAAGUGACCAUUAAACCUGCUCAACAUGUAUUCAGAGGAGACACAGUCACUCUCAGAUGUGACAUAAAUGGUGAAGGAGUCACUUUGAGUCACUGGUAUAAAGACGGCUUACCCAGGUUUUACAGUGAUCAGGAACACACAUUCAGUUCUGUUAAUGAGUCUGACGCAGGUAAAUACUCCUGUUAUGGAUCAGAAACAAAAGGAUCACACUGGUCACUAAUGAGUGAUGCAGUUACACUGACAGUAUCAGAUCCCAGAGCAGUUUUAAGCGUUUCUUCACAGAAGUGGUUGACUGAAGGAGAUCCAGUGACUCUGAUCUGUGAGGUUUACAGUUUCUCUACAGGCUGGACAUUCAGCUGGUUCACUUUAACUGUCUCAGCAGAGAACAGCUAUCAUUAUAAUCUGCUCUCAGACAGCAGCAGAGGAGCAGGAGGAAACUACACUGUCAGUUCUGCUGCUCUAAAUCACACAGGAGUUUAUGUGUGCAGAGCAGAGAGAGAGAAACCAGCCUAUAAAACACAGUACAGCAACACACAGCCACUAUUCGUCACUGUGUAA